GGAAGGUGGUCCUGGUCGAAAAACACCGUCCAGAAAAGCCACCAACGGGGCAACUUUGAGUGGUUUCGUACAGUCCCUCCGUCUCCAAAACGACCCAUGAAACUGCGGAAUUGACCCAUAAUGUCGCGAACAAAGGAAGUGGCGGGUCUGAGUAGUUUGUCAUCGGGAGCAAAGUUGGGAAAGUACGAGGUGAAAAUGGAGAGCCCAGCUGAGUGAGAGUGGGGUGAGGAGGCUGGAUUUGGCAGAGCUGGGAGUCCUGCCCUGCUGCUAGCAGGCUAGUUAGCAUGCUGAAACACUUCGCUCUGUCGGAGAAGUAAUGAGAUCUUCCCUCUGCUGCUCUCCGGCCUGCCAUUCUCCAGGGGAGCUGCUUUAUCUGCGGCCAGACCGCAGCUGACAUUGCAGCUUCUCCCGAUGGAUGGAAGCAGGGCUGAUGGUCUUUUUCUCUGUGGAUGUUCCGCCUGAAUCUUUCUGCUCCUGUUUUAGCGAACCCCCAUCCCUCCCCUGCCCCGAUCACUCAUUUAUAUGUCGUGAGCGCUCGUACUAACUAAUUUUCUCUCAGACUUUCAAGAUAUUACGCCAUCUGAGAUGGGGCCCUGGUAGGUUCUGCAAGGGGCUUGAGGCACCCCCUACCAGCCCACUGCGCUGCCAGGCAGUGUGCGCGAGACCCACCAGCACGGGCCCGUAAAAGACCCAUACCAAAAAGACAACCAGCAAUACAGCACCUGCUGAUGGAGCCGAGACAGACAACGUGCUUGCCCAAAAUACAUUCAUGAUCUCUUGGUCUUUUUAAACUGGACCUAAUUGGAUGUAUCAGGUGUAUUCUUGACCUGCGACUGCUGAUGCCAGCUCAUCGGGACCUGAGGGGGUGUAAUCGGCUUUUUUCAUGAACCCUCUGUCUGAGUUUGGGUACAGCCUGAAUGUUGGAUGCCCUGAGUGUGUUGGAUCUGCUGUUGCGGUGAUGAGGCAGGGCUCCUGGUGGCCUGUGUGGCUGACUGGGCAGUGGCCCAAGGUGAUGUGAUGGGGUGCAGGAACAGUAAGGUCCUCCCUGAGCCUCCAGGGGAUGUUCAGUUGGACCUGGUCAAAAAGGUUGAUCCUCCUCAACCUCCUCAGACAGAUAUCUAUAAGCACUUCAUACGAGGGGAUGGCACGAGGAGCAAGACGGGUGGGGCUGGUGGAGGGGGAGGCGACAAGGCUGACUCCACCUCCCCAUUUCAGGCCCAAGCCGCCACUCCCACUGCUUCUGCUCAGCCCCCCAAGGACCCGUCCGAACUGUCGGACCCUCAGCGGAAGAAGGUGGCAAAAUAUCGAGCCAAGUUUGACCCACGGGUCACAGCCAAGUACGACAUCAAAGCUCUGAUAGGUCGCGGGAGUUUCAGCCGGGUCGUCCGCGUGGAGCACAAGAGCACGCGGCAGCCGUACGCCAUCAAGAUGAUCGAGACCCGUUACCGGGAGGGGAGGGAGGUGUGCGAGUCGGAGCUGUGCGUUCUGCGGCGCGUCCGUCAUACCAACAUAAUCCAGCUGAUGGAGGUCUUUGAGACGGCAGAGCGCGUGUACAUGGUGAUGGAGCUGGCCACCGGAGGAGAGCUCUUCGACCGGAUCAUUGCUCGCGGCUCCUUCACAGAGCGGGACGCCACGCGGGUGCUGCAGAUGGUGCUGGAUGGCGUCAAGUAUCUCCACACUUUGGGCAUCACUCACCGAGACCUGAAGCCGGAGAACCUGCUCUACUACCACCCCGGAGCCGACUCCAAGAUCAUCAUCACUGACUUUGGUUUGGCCAGUAGCAGGAAGAAGGGGGACGAGUGUCUGAUGAAGACCACCUGUGGCACGCCAGAGUACAUCGCCCCUGAGAUCCUGGUGCGGAAGCCCUAUACAAACGCUGUAGACAUGUGGGCGCUGGGGGUGAUAUCGUACAUCCUGCUGAGCGGAACCAUGCCCUUUGAGGACGACAACCGCAUGAGGCUGUACCGCCAGAUCCUCAAGGGGAAGUACAGCUUCUCUGGAGAGCCGUGGCCCAGCGUGUCCAACCUGGCCAAAGACUUUGUGGAGCGGAUUCUGACGGUGGACCCCAGCGAGCGCCUCACAGCCGGCCAGGCCCUUAAGCACCCCUGGAUCGUCAGCAUGGCCGCCUCCUCCUCCAUGAAGAACCUACAGCGCUGUAUAUCUCAGAACCUCCUGAAGCGGGCGUCGUCGCGCUGCCACAGCACCAAGUCGGCCCAGUCCACUCGCUCCAGCCGCUCCACCAAAUCCAACAAAGCCCGGCGGGUGCGAGAGAAGGAGCUGCGCGAGCUGAACCGUCGAUAUCAGCAGCAGUAUAAUGGCUGACACGGGGCCGUGGCAGCCGACAGCUGUAGCGGACCUUACACGUUUGGGGGAAACUGCACUACAGUGGCUGAACUUUAACAAUGACUACCACGAUUUGAAGUUUUCUGCCAGUUUUACAGGCCAGAUGGCUUUAAAUCUCAAAUCAUUGCCUUAUAAAAGAGGACAAUGACUUGUCUAAAUACAUGGCUACAAGCAAAAGUAGAAUUAAAGUUGACUGCUGCCAGUUGAGACUACAGAGCAAGUCAAAAUGAUCAUGAAGACAGUGUAAUCUAUUAAUUCCUAUGGCAGCGUGUCUCCUGAUGACUCCCGAGGAUUACAUCAUCUCCCCAUCCAUUCCUUCACUUUUUCUCUGGCAGGAUGGUGCCUUCCACUCCUCUGCUUUUGUUCUUUCAAUCCCUGUGUCUCUACAUAUUUAUUUAUUAUUGUUGACAUGAUUAUUAGUCUCCAUUCAAAUGGUCACUGGAUAAUGACCGUCCGCGAGGAUCUGUUGAACAGAGUUCUGGGUACUGAAGUUUGUAAGAAGAGAGGGAGGGGAAAACAAAUCCCCCUCUCUCAUUCCUGAUUAAAAAUUGCUGUGAAUUUAUUAUUGUACUAGUCGUACAGACCUCGUCUUAAGAUGUGGUGGAAACAUAACAGCGCAUCCUUCGAGGUCAAAAUGAAGGCGUGUUUUCUUUUUAGUCGGUUCUAAGCUUAUCCAAUCUUGCCGUUAUUGCUCUGUUGAUAUCAUUGUGCUAAAGCUGUCAAAAGAUUGUGAAGCUGUUUUGUGUCAGUGUAUUACAUUUCAAAUGUAUUAGAAAAUAGGCCACACAGCCCCCCCCCCCCCCCCAGUGAUUUUAAUACAUCAGUAGAUUCACUCAUGAAGUACCUGCUAUGAUCCCGUGUUGCCGAGCAGUGUUCUCAUAAUUCAUUGUCUUUAGAAGGGUUUGUGGUCAUUUAGGGUGCUGUGUGGUUUUACAGUUUCAGUGUUGGUUCCGGUGAGGAUGGCACGUGUUGCGUGGCAACAGUGGUGGUCUUUGAUGGUCAAGAUCUUUGUUAUAGAGAGCUGUAUGCGGUUGCACCGGCUUCUUGCAGGUUCAAACUCAGCCUGGUUAUAACACAAGUGAUUGCGAACUGGAGAUUCACACAACACUGAAUCACAACAGGUCGCACCACGUAAACUUCUUCUGUCCGUGAAGUGAGUUGAUGCUAUUCACAACAACCUGUUCCACAGCUAGCUGAACCCACUGACAGAGCUAGCAUUAGCAUGCUAAUGUUUGAACGACGCUUGAUCAAAAUGCUGUUUCAUUAUCCACUCACUCAAAACUGCAUAAAUACGGCUGAGUUUGAAACAUGAAAUAAAGCAGUGUACGUAAAUUUACAAAGGAUUGGUGGUUUAAGAUAUUGUUUGCCCCCUAAAACUGCAAUUGUUGGAAGUUAUCCCACAGUUUGUGAGGCUUCUUUGACUUCCUGUUUCCAUCCACAUUACUAGAGUGUGUUUGAGCUCAGACAUUUCUCAAGUUUUAAUGGUGCAACCUGAUUUAGUGCCAGUUUGAAACUAGCUAGUUGUUACUUACAAGUGAGGAAGGACUUCACUCACAGACUUGUUCGUGGAUUUAGGACUAGCAGGUGCAACCCAAGUCCUGCCAUCUAUCCAAGCUAGCCUCCGUUCCACUCGUCUGUAGCUCAGUGGGUUUUCUCAGAAGAAUUUCUGUCGUCUUUGACAAAGAAAUCCCAGGAACAUGAUGCUGCUAGUGAUACUGAGGCUGAGUAGGAGAGGGAGGAUGUCGGCAUUUUCUUCAGUUUCCAGUGGCUGCAUAGUACAGUAGCUCUUAGGUAGGUUGUGGGGGGCCUGCAAAAAAAAGCAGCUGUCCUAAAUUUAUAUGCUACAUUCGUGACCAAAAUGAAGGAAGCCACUGAAAAUGAUGAGGAGUGUGUAGAGGUGAAUCGAAUGACCAUUAGCAUAAAUGAUUCUUUAUAGCAAAACCGAGCAAAUGCAACCAUGCGAUCUUAUGCAUACAUGUUCUUACGUUUGGAAAAGUUACCUUUUGUCUGUAAGUGCACUUAAAUCCGAAUACAUUUCCAAAGGCUUGCUUCGAGAUGAACUCUAGUUUCUCAAAUCCACAGUGUUGAUAGUAAAAGAACAACAAGUCGACACAACCCUGAUUCCAGAAACGUUGAGUAUCCGUGUAAAACAUACGUGAAACACAAUGUGAUAACUUGCUAAUCCUUUUCCACAUGUACUCAAAUGAAAACAGUACAAAGACAAUAGAUUUAAUGUUUGACCUCAUCAACACCUGUUUGGAUCAUUCCAC